AUGACUUCAGUCACAAAUGAGGUUUUAAGCUUGAAAGUGAUGUCACUUUCACAUUCUCCAAUUGAUUCGCAGGCAUCUACAUUAAGUUUGCUUCCAUGUGAUUUGGAAAAUAGAGAAGAAGAAUCACUGUGUGUUGAUAAUAUGUUUCCGCUUUUAUUGCCAACAACUCAAUGUCGUUUAUAUUCUGGUGAAUCUUUUCAUGCAUUUCUUAGUAUCACUAACUCAAGCAUUAUAAAGGCAAAUGGAGUAGUAUUAAAAGUGGAACUUAUAGGUACAAAGAAACGACACAUGUUAUACAAUAACGAAGAUAAUUAUUCAGAUAUAGAUAUUGGAGAUUCCAUGGACAUUGUAAUUAAAGAAAGGGUAGACGAAGUUGGAUUGUACAGCUUGACUUGCCAAUUGUUUUUUACAUCAAAUGAGACCAAAUUAACUCAAAAGAAAUCUUACAAGUUUGCAGUGCUUUCUCCAUUCAACAUUUCACAUCGUGUAUAUAAUUUGGAUGAGGAUGUAGUGGAUAAAAAAACCAUUUUUGUUGAAGUUUCAAUCGAGAACAUUUCCCACCAAAGUGUUACACUAAGUAGCAUAACUUUAAAUCCCUUAAAUAUAAAGGAUUUACCUCAUCUGAAACUUGAAUUAGAAGAUGUUAGUUUUCAAGAACAGUUCAGCGAGCCUUUAUUUAUCCAAUCCAGAUGUAGAUAUAAUAAGAUAUUUAAAUUUACAUCUUUUAUUAACUACGAAGCAGAAUGCAAUAAUCCAGAGCUUGCUAAUGGUAAAGAUUUUCUGAAACUUGGACUUAAAAUUACAUGGACUUCACCAACUUAUGGGGAUGCAUGGUUAGAUUCUUAUAAAAUUGAUCUGCCAAUUCUAAAUGAGCAAAACAAAUUGAAUGGGGAAAGAAAUGAUAUUAUUCUUAAAGCUAGUUUACCAUCCGUUAAUAACAGAAGAGAUGAAUUCAAGAUCUUUUUAUAUGUUACAAACAAUUUAAACACUACUCAAAGAGGUUUGAGUGUUAGGCUGGAUUUUGAUCAGCUCCUACCUUUAAUUGUAUUAGGAAAUGACCGUUUAUUUAUACAAGAACUAAAGGGAGGGGAGACAAUAUCAUUAGAACUAUAUUGCCAGGCACUUUUGUCGGGGGUUCAUAACCUAAAUGGAAUCUACGUUUUUGACGAUUUGAAAGAUGAAAAAGUUUGCCAGCUGGAAGGUAUUAACGAAAUUUUAAUUGUAUAA